AGAGAAUGGCUGCCAGUGGAGAGGUAGGGAAGCUGUUACAAAUACAAAAUGGGACAUCUCCGACCUCCAACUACAACGGGGUAGACGCUGUUCACGCCUGUAACAUCCUCCAGCAGCUCAAAGCCUUGUACGACGAAGCACAGCUCACAGACAUCGUCGUAGAAGUGGACCACGGCAAGACUUUCUCCUGCCACCGAAAUGUUCUCGCUGCCAUCAGCCCGUAUUUUAGGUCCAUGUUCACCAGCGGCCUUACAGAGAGCAGCCAGCGUGAGGUCCGAAUCGUGGGCGUGGAGUCCGAGUCCAUGCACCUCGUCCUCGACUACGCCUACACGUCCAGGGUCACGCUCUCCGAGUCCAACGUCCAGGCCCUGUUUACCGCAGCCAGCAUUUUCCAGAUCCCCGCCCUCCAGGACCAGUGUGCCCAGUUCAUGAUCAGCAGGCUGGACCCCCAGAACUGUAUAGGGGUGUACAUGUUCGCCGACGCGUACGGACACCAGGAACUGAGGGAGCGGUCGCAGGAUUACAUCCGCAAGAAGUUCCUGUGUGUCUCUCAGGAGCAGGAGUUCCUCCACAUGACCAAGGAGCAGCUGGUCAGCAUCUUAAACAGCGACGACCUCAACGUGGAGAAGGAGGAGCACGUCUACGAGAGCAUCGUCCGCUGGCUGGAGCACGACCUGUCGGGCCGCGAGGCCCACCUCGCCGAGGUGUUCUCCCAAUGCAUCCGCCUGCCUUUACUGGAAGAGGCCUUCUUCAGCCGGAUACCGGCGCCCUUCGCCUGCGCCCUGUCCCUGUCCAAAGACCCCGACGAGGUCAAGGCCCAGCUGCCCGGCGCCAUGGGCUGCCCGCAGCGCCUGGGCAUGACGGCUUCCGAGAUGAUCAUCUGCUUCGACGCUGCUCAUAAACACUCAGGUAAGAAGCAGACGGUGCCUUGCCUGGACACGGCCGCCGGGAGGGUCUUCAAGCUGUGCAAGCCCCCCAACGACCUGCGGGAGGUCGGCAUCCUGGUGUCGCCGGAGAACGACAUCUACAUCGCCGGCGGGUACCGACCCAGCAACAGCGAGGUGUGCAUAGACCACCGGGCGGAGAGUGACUUCUGGCAGUACGAGCACGCGGGGAACCGAUGGCUCCCGCGGGCGCCGCUGCUGAGGGCCCGCAUCGGCUGCCGGCUCGUGCACUGCUGCGGGAAGCUUUUUGCACUGGGAGGCCGCGUCUACGAAGGCGACGGCCGCAACGCGCUGAAAUCCGUGGAGUGCUACGACGCCAGGGACAACUGCUGGACGGCGGUCACUCCCAUGCCGGUGGCCAUGGAGUUCCACAGCGCUCUGGAGUACAGAGACCGCAUCUAUGUUCUCCAAGGUGAAUAUUUCUUCUGCUACGACCCCCGUAAGGACUACUGGAGCCACCUGGCCCCGAUGUACGUCACCCGGAGUCAAGGCUUAGCCGCCCUCUACAAGAACUGCAUCUACUACAUCGCCGGCAUCUGCAGGAACCACCAGCGCACCUUCACGGUGGAGGUGUACGACAUCGAGAAGAACACGUGGAGCCGCAGGCGAGAGCUCCCCUUCGACCAGGCCACCAGCCCGUACAUCAAGGCCAUGCUGCUGCAGGGCAAGCUGCACCUGUUCGUGCGAGCCACGCAGGUCGUGGUGGAGGAACACGUGUUCCGCACCAGCCGCAAGAACUCCCUGUACCAGUACGACGACGAGGCGGACGCAUGGACCAAAGUGUACGAGACGCCCGACCGCCUCUGGGACCUGGGCCGCCACUUCGAGUGCGUGGUGGCCAAACUUUACCCGCAGUGUCUCCAGAAAGUGCUCUGAGGCAGCCGGAGGGGCGGUGCGGCGGCGGCGAGGCGGAGGCAGCGGCGCGGCCCCGCCCUGCCCCGUGCCCGGCGUUGCCUCGGGUUUGCACCACACGGACCAUUUCUGGUUUUAAGUCUUAAGUCGUUUUGCUUUUGGUUUAACACGAUCAAAACGGGGGUGCUUUUAAAGAUUGCAGUAUUUGUUUUUUCUCCCCCCCCCCCUUUGUUUUUGUGUCUCCCCACACAGCACCAACAACCCACACUGAGGCUUGUUUAAAAAAAACCGUACAAUGAAUCAUAAGUGCAAUUAUCCUAUUUCUUUGCUUGUUGUUGAGCCAUGUUGUUCUAUUUUUGACUUUUUUUUUUCUUUUUUUUUGUUUGAGAUACAUGACUAGGUAUGGAUUUUUACAGAUGUUAAGCAUGCAAUGUGAGGGUGGCCGGCCCGGUGAAGGAGCCCUCUGGAAAUAUGGAUGCUAUGUGUCAGCAUAAAGUGAAAAAAAAAAAAAUCUCUAUAUACACACAUAUAAAUGACAAUAUAAACUAUAUAUUCAUACGGGUAAGAGGAGUACCUUAGCUCACUAGUAGGUCGCAGGCUCUGAGGUUUGUGUGUGUAUGUGUGUUUUUCUAUUCCGUGUUUAGCUUAUUUUGUAGACAAGUUAUACUUUCGAGGCGUGCGUUAGUAUUUUUAAAGCUGGUAUGAUAUUUUUACGCCCCUCCCUCCAUCCUUUCCUUUUCUCCUCCGCAAGCGUCGGUGUGUCAAAACUAUUCAAUACGUGCAGCUUCUGAGCUACUUGCAAGUUGUGUUUGGAGAUUCCAGGUGAGCAGGGGAGAGUCCCGCCUCCCCCCGCGCCGAGUCGGCAUCCGUUUCUUCUUCUUCCUUUUCAUUUUUUUUUUUUUUUUUGUGUCGCACGUGAAGAAAACCUUAAGGGAAGUCUUUGAAUAUUCUCUCUCCACAUUGGAGAAAUAAGGACGGAGUCAAAUUCAUGGCAACACUACGUGGCAAGUUCAGACCAACUAACAGGUUUACCUCAAAAAAACGUAGAUAUAUGACGAUUAGGAGCAAAGGGACAUUUCAGGCUGUCGUGUCGCUCAGUUGUUGUUUUUGUUUUUUGUUUUCUUGGACAUCAUCCAAUCAUUUGAGAAAAGCCUUCCUCUUAAAUGCCAAAAUACAGCAUUUGAGGGCUUCUUCUAGAUGUUGUGGACAUUAAGAGAGAGAGAAAAAAAAAAGGAAUUUUGUGGUAGCAAUAAAUCAUUGAACUGUGAUUAGGCUAUAUGACUUUGUAUAACCUUAGUAAAAGUGCAUUAAUUGUUUGUUGUGCUCGUGUCUGCUGGUGAGAAUCGCAGUCGUACCAAUAAUGAUUGUCUGGCUGUUUGCUGGGGUGCAGGCUUGGGGGUGUCAUGUUAGUGCAGACCAUUCGCGAUGCCAAUGUGCCUGUGGCAAAGAGAAUCAAACCUGGGUCCCUCCUCCCCGCCCUGCCCCGCCCUGCCCCGACGAGGAGCGCCUGUAAAGUCUUACUCGGCGUUGCACUGCAACUUUAACCAAGGCACCCUUCAGCGGCCAUGAAUCCGUCUUUUACCACGCCAUCCCACAAGAGGACACAGACUGUUGGUGCUGCUUUUGUUUUUUUGUUUGUUUUUUUUUUUUGACAAUCUUGUACAGAAGAAUCCCACCUCGGCGUGGCGUGAGACAUUUUCGGUGCCGUCAGUUUCCUCAUGCAGGUUCCUGUGUCAUCAUUGCACUACACAUUUCCCUUUUUUUUUUUUAAUUUUAUCUUAACACAAUGAGUGCCCCUCUUAAGUACGUGAGAGUUUUUAGUACCUAUAGAGCAAUCAUCUAAAGUUUUUCCCAGUCGAGGAGUUCAAUUAGCACUUGAGAAUCUUAACUUCUCCAAGAGAAGAUCCACUGUUGACUGACUAGAACCUGGCUUGAACAAUGCAACCCCCCCGGAAAGAAAAGAAAAAAAGUCCCGAAUCGAGGGGUCUUAGAGGGUCUGAGCUUCACCCACAUGUCUCCAGACGGCCAUUCGAGAACCAGGAACGGAGAACUCUCAGGAUUUCUACUGAUACACAGUACUGUAUUUAAGAUUUUCUUUUGUUAUGUGUAAUAUACUGUACUAUAGGUUUGCUGUACUUGCACAGUUUUGUAAACUUAUCUUCAGUUUCUUUUAUAACUUGAAAAAAAAAAUAGAUGUGAUUUCUUUUUUUUUUGUCUCCAGUGGCUGUUUAUAUUUUCUUUAUGUAUUUUUUUUUUUUAGUUAUGUAGAGUAAUCCUGCGAUUACUGCACGAGUGAUUCAGUUUUUCUCUCCUCCCCUCCUCCCCCCCUCGUUAUACCUUUAGUAUUUUUCUUUGCAUCAUCUCACUGAAACAAAAGCAUGACAGAUAAGUAACUCCAUUGUUACAUAUUUUUUUUUUAUUUUUCAAACACCAGUCACAUACUACAACAAGCUAGAUAAAAUAAAUUAAAAAAAACUAACCUGCUCCGUGUUCGGCUCGUCCGGAUCGUCCUCAUGCAUUACCUGCAUUACCUAUGGGUGCUAUUCCAUUGUGUGUGUGUGUGUGUGUGUGUGUCUUCAUUUCUUCCUUCACUUUUACUUUGCUGGUUUGUCCGUUUUGGGUUUCAGGUUUUUGUGGUUGUUGAGCUCAACUGUGAAAUUCACAUUGCACAUAAUUUGAAAAUAAAAUGAAUAAAAGUGUAAUUUGUUGAUUAA